AUGAGCAACAGCACAUCUGCCAGUGUACAAGAGCUUCAAGAUGCAUUCAACAUUGUCAUCACUAUUGAUGAAAUCUGGUACUACACCAAUUAUGGGGCUUACAUUGUGCUCAGCAUUGUCAUAUCAGGCAUGCAUUGGCAGCUUCCUUCACUCAUUUUUGCAGUGGCCAUUCCAGGGAUUGUGCAAGACAUAUAUACAAUGGUCAUGACCACUGCAAUCAAUGCCCCUCAGGUUGGAUGUGUAUUGACUGUGCCCAAACUCAAGUUUGACAGUGGUAAUCACAAUGGUCUUGGGUCAGUU